AUGAAGUUCAUGAAAAUUGGGUCGAAGCCAGAUUCGAUCAAAACUGAUGGGAGUAAUGUCAGGUACGUAGAAAACGAACUGGCUACUGACAUUACUGUCAAUGUUGACGGUUCAAGAUUUUGUUUGCAUAAGUUUCCUCUUCUGUCAAAAUGUGCAUGCCUGCAAAAGUUGCUCUCAAGAACAGACAAGAACAAGGACGAUGAGGUUGAUAUCUCUGGUAUACCCGGUGGACCAACUGCAUUCGAGACGUGUGCUAAAUUCUGCUACGGUAUGACAGUAACCCUAAGUGCCUACAACGUUGUGGCUACAAGAUGUGCAGCUGAGUACUUAGGAAUGCACGAGACGGUCGAGAAAGGAAACUUGAUCUACAAGAUUGACGUGUUUCUAAACUCGAGCCUCUUUCGUAGCUGGAAAGACUCCAUCAUCGUUCUUCAGACCACUAAAACGUUCUUACCACUCUCCGAGGACCUCAAACUCGUUAGCCUUUGCAUUGACGCCAUAGCCAGUAAGGCCUGCGUUGACGUAUCCAACGUCGAAUGGUCUUACACUUACAACCGAAAGAAACUUGCUGAAGAAAACAACGGUGCGGCAGAUCAAGUCAGGGCUCGAGAGGUUCCACAUGAUUGGUGGGUCGAGGAUUUGUGUGAGCUAGAGAUUGAUUUUUACAAGAGGGUUAUAACGAACAUCAAAACAAAAGGUAUACUUGGCGGAGAAGUGAUUGGAGAAGCUUUGAAAGCUUAUGGUUAUAGAAGAUUAUCUGGUUUCAACAAAGGUGUGAUGGAACAAGGAGAUUUGAAGAAGCAUAAGACCGUUAUAGAGACACUUGUUUGGUUGCUACCAGCUGAGAAAAACAGCGUCUCCUGCGGUUUCUUGCUUAAACUGUUGAAAGCAGUUACUAUGCUGAACUCCGGAGAAAUGGUGAAGGAACAGCUUGUAAGAAGAAUAGGACAGCAACUUGAAGAAGCUUCUGUGGCUGAACUCUUGAUAAAAUCUCAUCAAGAAAGCGAAACACUGUACGAUGUGGACCUGGUGAAGAAGAUAGUUGUUGAGUUCAUGGCAAGAGAUCAAAACAGUGAGAUAGAGGUUGAAGAUGAUGAUGAAGAAGUUCAAGAGAUAAAGAAAUUUCCUGGGAUUUUAUCCGAAGCUUCAAAGCUGAUGGUGGCGAAACUGAUUGAUAGCUACCUUACUGAAAUUUCUAAAGAUCCAAAUCUUCCUGCUUCUAAAUUCAUUGAUCUUGCUGAAAGUGUUUCUAGCAUCUCCAGGCCUGCACAUGAUGGGCUCUACCGUGCUAUUGACAUGUAUCUUAAGGAACAUGCAGGAAUCACAAAGGGAGACAAGAAAAGGAUGUGCAAGCUGAUGGACUGCCGGAAACUGUCUGUAGAAGCGUGUAUGCACGCGGUGCAAAACGACAGGCUUCCAUUACGUGUAGUGGUUCAGGUACUCUUUUUUGAGCAAGUGAGAGCGUCUGCUUCGUCUGGAAGCAGCACACCUGAUUUGCCUAAAGGGAUAAGGGAGCUACGCAGCUGCGGGACAUAUGGGAGCUCAAGAUCAGUGCCGACAGUUAUGGAAGAUGAAUGGGACGCGGUGGCAACUGAAGAUGAAAUGAGAGCAUUGAAGAGUGAGAUAGCCGCACUGAAACUGCAGGAGGAGAGUGGAAGGAAGAGUGUGGAUAAAGCGGCGGUCACGGCGAUAAGCAGAGUGAAGAGUUUGAUAAUGUCGAAGAAGAUGUUUGGGAAGAAGUUGCAGGGCAGAGGAGGAGGAGGAGAGAAGAACAAUGGAGGUGGUGGUGGUGGUGGUGGCUCGGAUUCGUCGGAGAGUCUUGGAUCUGUAACUGAAGAAGCGGCUAAAACGUCUACGCCUUCUAGAAACUUGACUAGGAGGGUUUCUGUUUCUUGAUGAAUAAGGUUUUUACACACAUGUGGUUUCCUUUAGAUUUAUAUGAAUCAACUGUAGCUUCUUUGACUAUUUUGUUUGGUCUGUUUGAAACUUUAAAUCAACUAUUUCGAGGAUACAAAUAAUUUUGUUUUUAAACCUGAGAUAUAAUGUGUUGACAAAAAAAACCCUGAAAUAUAAUGUAAUAUUUUU